UGGCCGGCGAGCAUUGGGCGAACAUCCGUCGCGUUGAAGAGGUCGAAGACACUUGGAGAUGUCAGCAAUGUCGAGCUGCAAACAACGAUUCUUGAGAGUCUUCAGGCGUACUGCUAUCUUCCAGGAAUCAUCAGUUGACACAUCCAAGGAGGGUCUAUCGGUCAAAAGCUUCAAAAGGCUAGGGCCGAGUUGAGUCAUCGAGCAACUGGUAGAACAUCUCUCCUCCGGGAGUCCGGGGGAAAAGUGGUGAAAACGGCUCGUCGGUUGGCCGAGCAAACCGCUCAUAAAGCCUACAGCAAGGAUACCCUCGAUACAGUCAUUACGAAAUACAGCUUGCAAAGGAAAACGGGGGGAGGGUAUAGGAUAGGGCGUAGUAAGAAAGGGAACCGCCCCUGGGCUUUCCUAUGAAAGCCUAUCGCCCAGACGACCAACGCUACGUGUACGAGUCUGCGUACCAGCAGCGCAAAGGCUCUCGGUUAGAAAGCGGGACAACGAAGCAGGCGGCGAGCGCUCUAUCGUCGCAUAACAGCGAUGUUGGACCGCCCAGGAAAGAUACGAGCGGAGGUGGUUCGUCGAGACCGCGGUUUCCGGCCUUGGUGGCCGCGGCAUCGCUCAUCGCACAUGUACCGACCGGGUCGAAUGUGAGUUUCGUUGUUCCUAUGCAUGUUCACAUGCGAUGUCUGUGUGGAUUGUCGUUUUCGGGACUCAAGAGCGUCCCCUGUCAUCAACAGAACCGAUAUAGUCCCACCACUAAUGCAACGAACCCGUCGGUACCUGCCCCGACCUUUUCUUCCACAACAAGAACAACAACAACAUCUAAGGCAACAGUCCAGGGCACCGCAGCAACGAGUUCAUUAGUAAGCCCAUCGCACUCCCAUCCGUCCACAUCCGCUUUCCCUCCCACCGUUCAAUACUUUGAUACCGCUCCAAACGCACCCGACAUCACUAGCAUGACCCCCGCCCACUUCCUUCACUCCUCCCUACCACCAGCCCGCCUCCCACCUCUCCUCCGUCCUCUUCCACCUUCAACUUCAUCUCCACUGGAGCUCCGACCGCACUCCUUACCUGCCGCACAUCCAGCCGCUCCAUCAUAUGGUUUCUCGGCGCCGGCGCCACUGCCUGCGAUCUCGCCCAAUCAUCGGCGGCGCUCUACUGAUAUGGCUUACAGCAGAUCGAGUGAGAUAGGGAUCGGUGCAAGUAAUGGGUCGAUAAGCGCAGAUGAGGGACGGCAGGACAACAAGUCGAGAGUGCGACGGCUUUUUGAAAGUGAACGGAAGGGAAGACGGAGGGGAUUCUUGGACCCGUUCGGAUUGACCUGAACCAGUCACAUGUUCCGGAACCGGUUUCCGCUCGCACGGACUAGAUUAGAUUAGCUUCCACGACCCAGUUAUCAUGGGGCGAAUGUGAACAUCUAGAUGGGUUAGUUGGGGAUAUGCGUGCGAGACUACUCUGGGGCGGAGUGCUCGGCAAUGUCAAAUGAUGUGCUAUAUGAGUUCGAGCUGACUCGAUAGUCUCGCCAUCCAACGACAGGGCAGCGGGAAGAUGGACGGACGCAACAUAUGCCACCCUUGUAUAUAUGUGCGCUGCUAAAGUAGACUUUGUGUGCAAGACACAAGGAAUGCAGCCGGUAAUCUAUUCUUGAAAGUCCGCGUGUGCAAUGGGACCUUAUAUUCUACGGGUAUACAUUACAUUCUUUGGGUAUGUGUGUCGCAAGCUAUGUAAAUCU